AUGCCCACUGGAUUCAUGUACGAUGAUCUAAGAGCCAUCACAGACGAAUUCAGUAAAAAGCUUGAAGAAGGUGGUUUUGGUUCUGUUUUUGAAGGUACUCCAGGUGAUGGCACAAAAGUUGCAGUAAAACGCCUUGAUGGUUUUGGGCAAAUUAAGAAAUCCUUUCUAGCCGAAGUUGAGACUAUCGGCAACAUCCAUCACGUGAACUUGGUAAGACUCAUGGGAUUUUGCGCUGAGAAAUCUCACAGGCUCCUUAUCUAUGAGUACAUGUCGAAUGGGUCUCUAGAUAGAUGGAUCUUUCACAAAUCCAGUGAAUGUAUUCUCGACUGGCAACAAAGGAAGAAGAUCAUUCACGACAUAGUAAAAGGACUAAAUUAUCUUCAUGAAGAUUGCAGACAGAAGAUAGUUCACUUAGACAUUAAACCCCAAAAUAUCCUCUUGGAUGGGAAUUUCAAUGCUAAGAUUGUUGAUUUUGGAUUAUCCAAAUUGAUAGACAGGGACCAAAGCCAAGUCGUCACAACCAUGAGAGGAACUCCUGGUUAUUUGGCCCCCGAGUGGCUGAGUGCAGCAAUUACUGAAAAAGUUGACGUGUAUAGCUUUGGCGUGGUAAUCUUGGAGAUAGUGUGUGGGAGAAAAAUCUUCAAUCGCUACUCUAGAUCAAGAAGACAUGUAUUUAUUGAGCCUUUUUAA